GAACAUACCAUUGCCAAAUACAAUGAGAGGUACUUUUUUGACAUCACCGACAUUGAAGGGUUGGGGCCUCCAUUUGGCAUUUGAACUACUGUUACAAAAAACAUGUUACUUUCUAUAAGUUGUUGAUGAUGAUUGCUUAUGAACUUUACCUAUCUUUCUUCUCCAAUUCCACUUUAACUUUUGAUGUCCCUUCUUCUAUACUCUUUUUCUCUGGUGCUCCUUUCUUCUUCUUUUUUCGUCUUUUCUGAGAAACCGCCUUGCCAUUGUUCUUCUUCUUUGAGCCCUUCUUUUCUUUUUCUUCUCUCUU